CCUCUUAUCUGAAUAGACAGCAUAUUUGCUGCCAGUCGUCGGUGAACAUGAAUGGAAACUACUUAAGUUUGGUAUUAUUGUUGGUGGUUAUUAUCCUGAUAGAUGCAAAAGAGUGGUGUGUGGAUCAUCGACAAAAUCUAUCUAACUGCCAUGAGGUUCAUUUGUCGUGUAAAAAAGGCUUUGUAAUAUCGGAAGUAGAUAUGUACGCCGGAAAUAACGACUGUGAUCACACCUCAACUUGCAGGGGUCUACCCCCAGAAACUCAAGCAGAUGUAAUGUCUUGUUAUUGGAAACAAAACUGCUCCAUCAAAAUUCCGUCACAAUCAAUUGUGUUCUUCACAAACACACUUACAUUUACUCCAUACAAACAAAAAGGCAAUUGUUUUGUUAUGCCGAAGUCAUUUCACGUGAAGAAACUAUCAUGUACCAGUGCCACAGAUGUAAGAGACAUUUGUUACCAAAAUGGAAUGUCAACACUCCGUAUACAACACAAGGGCCAAAGCUCAGGGAUUAUAAGAAGCCACAGUCAAACUCCAUGGGACUAUCCUGAAAACCAGAAAAACUGUAGUUUGACAUUUUCAUAUCCUGUGUUGGAUACAGUCUCCUAUUACACCCUUUUAACGAUUGUUUGGUUAGAUAUUAAUUUUCAAAACAACAAUUUAGUAGUUAGAUACUCUAAGAAUAAAAGAAAAAGAAGAAAAAAUGUGAAGAAAACUCGAAAUAUAAGUAUCCGGGGAAUAAAAUCAUCUAGUGUUUUUAUAGACUUUACAACCAACUGGCGCAAACGUGGAGCAACAGGAAAGGGGUUUGUGAUAUGUUAUCGGCAUAAAGUCAUUUCAAAGAGAAGUAAGAAAAAACGUAAAAACAGUGUAAAAAAGAUACAAUCACAUCAAAAUCGACACAGUAAAAAGAGAAGGACUAAAAACAAGGGUAAGAAAUUUAGGAUAAAGAGAAGAGCGAAGAGAAGGAAAAAGGAUGCUUGCAGAUCUGUAAUGGAGGAUAUGGUUUUAGAGGGUGAAACAAUUAGCCUUCAUGGAAAUUCUUCUUUCUGUGAAUGUGGAACGGUAGAAGAGGAGUUUUGGAAUAUGAAUUAGUCUUCGAAUAAUUAGAUGGUUAUCAGGAAAUUACUUUUGUAAGAUAUGAUGAAUCCCCUGCCAGAUUUUGACCUGUCUCUGACUGUGAACAAAAUAGUCAAUUGUCC